AUGGCGAUGGCCAACAUGCGGACGUUCCUGCAGGUCACGCACGGGCUGCUGGCCGUCGUGUCCGCUCCGCCGCCACCGUCGCCACCCCCGCUCGCGCCUCACGCGUCGCCUCCACCGGCCCCGGCCGCAAACCAGGGCGUUCCCAUCACCAACAUCAAGUGGCCGGCGUCGCCAUCUCAGCGGCCCUCAUGGGUGGACGCGCCGGUCUUCACACCUGCCCCUGCCCAGCCGACCGUGCCUCCACUGGCAGCGUACGCUGCGCCCUCUCACGUCGGUGGCUUCAGCGGCUACGGCAAUCCCCAUGCGGGGGGCAGCGCUGUCUACUCGCCCUCUACCGCGCUGGCCACGACCUUCGUCACCGCGUCGGCCGCCCAGGGGCAGCGGACACUGGCGUUCGACCACACCUGGAUCGCCUCCUACCACCUCCGUGGAGCCGCCCAGACGUGGUACUACGCCCUCGAGCAGGACGAAGGCGGGAUGCCGCCGUGGGAGCGCUUCCGCGACCUGUGCCUCCUCCGGUUCGGACCCCCGGUACGCGGGAGUCGCCUCGCCGAGCUGGGGCGUCUGCAGUUCACCUCGUCCAUGCAGGACUUCACCGACCGCUUCCAGUCGUUGCCGUGCCAUGCCCCCGGCGUCUCCGCUCGCCAGCGCGCCGACCUCUUUGUGGGCGGCCUCCGCAACCACAUCUGGGUCGACGUGGAGAUGCGCGAGCCGCAGGACCUGCAGACUGCCAUGUACUACGCCCGGGCGUACGAGCAACUCACCCUCGCCAUCCAGCAGUCCUUCCAGGGUAGGGGAGCCCGCCCUCCGCCACGCCCUGCCCAGCCGGCCCCGACCCGCCCGGCACUGCCGGCUUCUACGACGAUCCCUGCAGCACCUACACGUCCCUUUCGUCGCCUAACGACGGGCGAGCAGCUCGAGAGGCGCCGCAAGGGCCUAUGCUUCAACUGCAACGAGCAGUACGCACCGGGUCACACGUGCGCUCGCCUGUUCUAUAUGGAGACGGUCGAUGACGAGGACGGCGAGCCACUUACCCCGGAGCUUGACAGUGGGGCCGCUUCCGAGCCAGGCGCCACGACCUAUGGGCCGGUCGAUGCAAAGGCUUUUGUCGUCUCCCUCCAUGCAUUGGCGGGCAUCAAGACGACAAAGACCAUGCUCCUGCCGGUGACGAUCAGCGGGGAGCGCCUCACAGCGCUGGUGGACACGGGUUCGACACACAACUUCCUGGACGGCGAUGCCAUGCGCCGCCUUGCACUACAACCAUCAGGAGACGAGCACCUCAGCUUCACUGUCGCCAACGGGGACCGCCUGGCCUGCCAGGGCGUGGUUCGGCAGGUGCCCAUCACCAUCGGCGACGAGCACUUCUCCGUGGACUGCGUCAGCAUCAACCUCGGCUGCUACGACUUCAUCCUCAGCAUCGACUUCCUGUCCACCCUCGGUCCCAUCCUCUGGGAUUUCGAGGCGCUAUACCUCAUCUUCUGGCGCGCGGGCGGCCGCCGCGUCCAGUGGAGGGGCCUCGGCAGCUCCGGGCCACCGGUGGCUCAGCUGGCGCUGAUGGCUACCGCCCUCGACCCGACGCAUCCGCUCCUGGACGACCUUCUGCAACAGCAUAGCGACAUCUUCACCGAGCCACAGGGCCUACCUCCGGCAUGGGCCUGCGAUCACCGCAUCCACCUGAUGUCGAGUACGCCGCCUGUCACAGUACGGCCGUACCGCUACCCCCAGCUGCAGAAGGACAAGCUUGAGCGUCAGGUGGCGGUCAUGUUGGCCCAGGGUAUCAUCUGGAUUUCGACUUCACCCUUCUCGGCGCCGGUGCUCUUGGUGCGCAAGCCCGACAGCACGUGGCGCUUCUGCAUCGACUACCGCGUGCUCAACGCCAUGACAUCCAGGGAAAAGUUCCCCAUCCCGGUCGUGGACGAGCUCUUGGACGAGCUACACGGGGCGCGCUUCUUCACCAAGCUCGACUUGCGCUCAGGCUACCAUCAGGUGCGGAUGCAUCCGGAUGAUGUUCCAAAGACGGCUUUCCGCACACACCACGGCCACUUCGAGUUCCUGUUGAUGCCGUUCGGCCUCUCCAAUGUGCCGGCCACAUUCCAGGCUUUGAUGAAUGACGUGCUCAGUCCCUACUUACGCCGUUUUUUGCUUGUUUUCUUUGAUGAUAUUCUCAUCUACAGUGCUUCGUGGGCGACGCUGCAGUCACCGCGGGCCCUUCGUGGCUUCUUGGGACUCGCGGGCUACUACCGGAAGUACAUCCGGGACUUUGGCCUCAUCGCCGCGCCUCUGAGCCGCCUCCUGCGCCGCGAAGCCUUCGCCUGGGACGCGGAGGCAAUGGAGGCCUUCCAGGUGCUUUAG